AAUGAUGUUAAAUAAUGAUAAAAGGUGGAGAUCGAAUUACGUGUAUUCUCAAUAUAGAAGCACAAAAGGCUAGCGAGAGAGUGAAGGUUUCACGAUGGAUUCAAAAAUCGCAUUUAAACUUGGAAGAGUCGCUGGGGGUGAAAAAACCGGCGACUUUACGUAUAACCUACGUCCAUUUGGCCACGGUCAUGACGACUUGAUCGAUCGAUUGAACAACAUAAUCGUUCCUUUCUUUCUGGUAGUGUUCGCUGUGUAUAUUGGGACGGAGUACCUCUUCUCUGGUCCCCCUAUCCACUGCUGGUGUCCGGCGGAAUUCACAGACACUCAUGUUGAUUACGUGCACCAUUUCUGUUGGAUCCGAAACACGUAUUACGUACCUCUGACACAACCCAUCGUAGAAGAAGCGCGGAAAAAUGAAGAGGUAGUGUAUUAUCAGUGGGUAUCAAUUAUUCUAUUAUUCAUGGCCCUGAUGUUUAAGCUACCCAGUGUAUUCUGGAGGCUAUUUUACAAAGAUUCUGGGAUCCAGAUUGAUACGAUUUCACAAACAGCCGCACAAUCGCAAUGCAUGUCCUGGGAUGAGCGGAACCAAACCGUGAAAAAUAUAGCUUGUGAUUUUCAAAGAUGGGCUAGAGUCCGCGCUCCUCGACAGAGAGGACUAAAAUAUCUGAAAUCUUUGUUCUCAAAGCGGUCGGGAUCCUACAUUGUUAGUCUGUAUUUUGUACAGAAAUGUUUAUACUGUGCUAAUACCAUUGGUCAAUUCUUCCUAUUAGACGCCUUUCUGGGACACGAUUUUUACCUCCAAUAUGGCACGGACUUUUUCAGUGGCAGCGUGGGAAAUAGUACUAUGGGUUUGGCGCGCUUUCCCAGAGUUACCAUGUGUGACUUCAAUGUACGCCAGCUUCAGAACCUGCCGCGCUGGACGGUUCAAUGCGUGCUUCCAUUGAAUAUGUACAACGAAAAAAUAUUUGUCUUUCUGUGGAUUCUGUACGCUUUGGUAGCCUUUCUGACGUCAGCUAAUCUUCUGCUUUGGAUUUGGCGCCUCAUGAUUCAUCGAAACAGGGUCGCUUACAUCCAAAAGUUUCUAAUGAACUGUGAAGGCAAAACUAAAGACCCAACCAAAGAAAAGCACAUUCAGAGUUUCAUUCAAAAACAGCUCCAUCUGGAUGGAAUAUUCGUCUUACGGAUAGCAGAACGAAACACAGGCGCGGUGUUUAUAAUGGACUUGGUGCAAGAACUAUGGGCUGUGUUCGAUAAACGAUAUGAAACUCGUUAGGUGAUCAUGUGGGGGCAUAAGGCAUUAAAAGAGAUUUGGGAAUUUGAUACAUGCAUGUACCUACAGGACAACAAAGGAUCCACUCAUUGCAUUGCAUUGUGGGAUUACGUAAUGUCACCUAUUUAACCACUGACGUAAGGAUUGGUUAAAGAAAGUACGGUAGAAAUAAAUUCGAAAAUCAAGUCUAUAAUUCAUUAAAAUCCGUUUUUGAACAGUU